CAACGAUCUGAAAUAUUUGUAUACAACAUUUGUUAACCAAUUUUUCUCCAGAAAACAUAAUGGCAAAGCAUAAAGGACCAUUGAAUACUUCGCAGAGAGAAUGCGACGAUCUCAAGAAAGAGGUUGAUCUGUUAGUGAAAGAAUGUAUGUCUGUACUGGAAGAUACCACAGUCACGGGCAGCCAAAAGAAAAUGGACAGCUUGCAUAAAAAAUGCAGAGACUUGGAAAAGAAAGUUAAAAAACAGCAUAGAAAAGUUGGUAAAUUAGACAAGGCUAAUGAACCUGUGAAAGUGGAUAAAUUUGAAGAGAAGAAAACACAAGAGAUGAAAAGGCUUGAACGUUUUCAGGAUCAGCUGUUUAAAAUCACUGAAAAACUGGAUCCAGACAAAGUUGAAAAAGAUUACCUUAAGAAUCAUUCCAAGGCUGACAACGAUGAGAAUGAUGUUGAACACAUUGAUAAAAAUAAUGAUACAACUGCUAAUAGGUUGAACAGUGAUGAUAAUGAUGAUGACAGUCAACUUGAGGAUCUUUCUGACCUUGAAGAACAAAAUGAAAACACUGAAAGCAAAUUAGAUACAGUUGAGGGAGGAGAGGAAAGGGAGGGAAGAAGUAGUGAAAAAAAGAAAUCUUUUAGUAUGUUUGGAAGGUCUAAAUCUCCUGAAAAAAAGGCUCAAAAAAAAUCAAAAAAGGAGGAAAAAAAAGAAAAGCAAAAAAAAAGGGAACAAGAAAAAGAGCGAGCAAAACAAUUGAAAAUUAGGGAAAAAGAAAUUAGAGAUGAGGAGAAAAAGAAAAAGAAAGUGAAGAAUGACAAACCCAGUGAAGAUGAUAAUAGAGAAAUAAAUAAUACAGAUGAAAGUGAUGAGGAAAAUGCUGAUGUUGUGGUAACUGAAAAGAGUGGGAAACAUCAACCAAAGGAUCAACCAAGAGAACGCAGAAGUGGGCGCUGGUCAUUGUUCAGGCAAAAGUCUGGCAGGAAAGAAAGUGAUAAACGUAAAAGUAAAGAAACAAAAGAUGAUGAUGAAGAUGAUGAAGAGAGUUAUGAUGAUGAGGAGGAGGAAGAAGAAGAUGAGACGGUCACAGAGGAAGUAAAACCAAGCACUAGAAAGAAGGUUGUGAAAGAAAGCGAUGAUGAUGGGGAUGAUGAAGAAGAAGAAGAAGAAGAAGAGGAGGAGGAGGAGGAAGAAGAAGAAGAGGAGGAGGAGGAGGAGGAAGAGGAAGAGGAGGAGGAGGAGGAAAGUGAGACUCCUGUAAAAGUGAAAAGUAAAGUAAAAAGACCUACUGAUCAGCAAAGUGAUGCAUCAGACGAGACUGAUGAGGAAGAGGAAGAAGACGAGUCUGAUGAAGAUGAGUCUGAGGAAGAAGAAACCCGAUUGGAUGAACUGUCGUCAGAAUCUGAUAUUUUGGAUGAAGGAAUGCGACAGUUUGAAGCUGUGUGUGACUUUGUAGGAGAACAGGCUGAUGAUCUUAGUUUUAAAGUUGGAGAUGUCCUAACAGUUAUACAGACCAGAGAGGAUGGAUGGUGGCAAGCUGAAGAUGAAGAAGGAAAAAAGGGUUUGGUACCAAGUACAUAUCUAAAGUUGCGCAAAGAUUACAGUGAUCACACAGAUUUACAGUCGCCAGAAGCUCCUCCAUCACCUGGUCCAGAAUCUCCAAGAAGUGGUAAAAUGUUAUGGAAAGGGUUGAAAUCUGUUGUUACUACUGAGACAAGUGUAACUGAUGUUUUAAGUGCUAUGGGUGCAAUACCUGCUGGGUUUAGGCCAUCAACAUCUGCAAGAUAUGUCAAAGAAGCUAAGUACAGUACUAGUCAUUACCUUUUACCUAAGUUGAGUAAAUCUAAGAUGUGGUUUGCAGAUUUACAUUGGGCUCCAAACAAAAACCAGAUACGAGCAAGGUACGUGAGAAUACAGAGAAUGGUUACAUUAUGGGCUGUUCGUAAUAUGCCAAAAAUUGGAGUAGGUCUUGAUAUACUGAGUAGGCAUGUCAGAAUGUGUAUGUUUGAUGGUGAUAAGAUUCUUAGUAAUAUUCACACAGUUAGAGCCACAACAAGUGCUGAUGGAAGAGAAUGGAGAUUUUCACCCAAGGUGAAUGGUAUCUUACCAAGUCUGUUGGAUGGUGAAUGCUUUGUUAGAUCAAAUAGCACAGAACAGAAACUUGGUAUUCUCUUCGAAAUAUGUCUCUCAUAUGUUAGAACAAAAACUGGUGAGAAAGGUGAGUUUGGUUGUGGCUGGUAUCACUUGCCACUGUUUGAUGAAGAUACUGGUGGACCAAUUAUAAGCAAGAGUUAUGAAUUGACUGUUAAAGGAGGUACACCAUAUGAACAAGAUGUUGAAGUUGAUCCUUCAAUAAGCAGAAAAGCGUCAACUAGCAAAAUUCGAGCCAUGAUGUCAGCAAAUAAACAACCUAAACUUAUUGUUCGGAUAUUAGCCCCAAACAAAGAUCAGAAACAACUAUUGGACACUCUCCCAGAUGCUUUAGUUUCUAGUGCAUCAUAUCUACCGUUUAUUUCUUAUUAUCGUAAAAUAUGUGCAGAUCUGCUUCUAAGAGACAGAAUUAACAUGGAAACUACAGAAUUUAUUCACCAUCCUGUGAUAUCGUCAUUCCCUACUGCUAUAAGAUAUUCCGAUAUAAUGGAUGCAUUAAGGAGUACAUGGGCAGAAAGAAUGAAGAAUAUUAAAAAAGCUGACAAGAGAGACAAUGAGUACAUGAAGGAAGCAUUUUGUCAAGUGUACCUCGAGACUUGCUAUCCACUACUACAUUAUCCAACCCUACCUACACCGCAAUGGUCCAACCCAGCUGUUGAUAAUGCAAGGUGGGAAGAGAUUGCUGGCUUUUUGAAAAGAAACCAUGACAAAGGAGGUGUGUUGGCACAGCUAUUGUCAUCCGAUGUGAUUCAUGAACCAUUUGAUACCAAAGAGUUGACCUUUGACUUUCUUUCAAAUUAUCAUUAGCAAUUAUAUCAUGAUUAUACAAUUUUAUUUAGGGAUCUAAUUAGAACAUUUCUCCUGCCCACUAUGAGUGAGAUAAAUGAUGCAGCAUGUGUGACCAGUUUGUGAAAACUGUGUCAAUUGAACACUUACCUAACCCAGAAUACUAAUGAACACAAGAGAGUCUCGUAGAAUGCCACUAGUAUAAUGUCAACCAGUCUAAGGAGUCUAGUAGAAUGGUACUGGCAUAAUGUCAACCAGUCUAGGGAGUCUAGUAGAAUGCCACUAGUAUAAUGUCAACCAGUCUAGGGAGUCUAGUAGAAUGCCACUAGUAUAAUGUCAACCAGUCUAGGGAGUCUAGUAGAAUGCCACUAGUAUAAUGUCAACCAGUCUAAGGAGUCUAGUAGAAUGGUACUGGCAUAAUGUCAACCAGUCUAGGGAGUCUAGUAGAAUGGUACUUGCAUAAUGUCAACCAGUCUAGGGAGUCUAGUAGAAUGGUACUGGCAUAAUGUCAACCAGUCUAGGGAGUCUAGUAGAAUGGUACUUGCAUAAUGUCAACCAGUCUAGGGAGUCUAGUAGAAUGGUACUGGCAUAAUGUCAACCAGUCUAAGGAGUCUAGUAGAAUGGUACUGGCAUAAUGUCAACCAGUCUAGGGAGUCUAGUAGAAUGGUACUUGCAUAAUGUCAACCAGUCUAGGGAGUCUAGUAGAAUGGUACUGGCAUAAUGUCAAACAGUCUAGAUAGUCUAGUAAAAUGGUACUUGCAUAAUGACAACCAGUCUAGAGAGUCUAGUAGAAUGGUACUGGCAUAAUAUCAUAAACGUUUUUUGCAUGACUAGUAUAAAUAUUGUUUCAAUAAGGAGUUAUAAUUAUUUUUUUUAGUUGUAAUUUGUUUUGUUUUUUAGUCUGGUUGGGGGUUAUUUGUUUUAUGUAAUGAAUUUUUGCAAC